CUAUGCAAAAGUGUGUGCUCCCCGCUUUACUCUUGUACUCUGUACUCCUACUGCCAUUGUAGACCCUGCUUAAGCAGUAAGCAGUACGAAAUAGGAUUCGCUCAUUUUGUCGGGAGUAACGCGGGGAGUAAAGGGCCUUCUACAAUGGAGUGUCGUAGGUGCUUUACCUGGAAGGGGAAUAAAGGAUCGAGCCUGUGACCAAGUUGGGUGCGAGACAGAACCACGUUUUAAAGAAAGAGAAGGGUAGAUUGUUACCUCCGUCCGCAAUGCGCAAGCGCGAAUUAGCAAAACGGCGCACAGCGUUAGCGCAUUUUAUUGUUUGUAAGAGAGGUUAAGAUUAGGAAAUGACGGUGUCACCUAAAAAGUUAUAUUUCAAAGUUAUAUUUAAAGUUAAUUUCAAAGUUUUAUUUCAACGUUAUAUUUAAGAAAAAAUGCCAGGCCCAUAUUGUGUCUUAUGCGGUAAACGUGAUAAAUCGGUAUCUUAUCAUGGAUUUCCGAAAAACGACGAAUCUCGUAAGAAGUGGCUGGAUUUUUGUGGCAUUGAUAAAAAUGUUUUAAGCACAGUUACUAAACUGUGUUCAAAUCAUUUUGAAGAAGACAAAUUAAUUCACAAAUCGAAGAAUACGUUUCUCAAGUCCAAUACUCUGCCAACUAUUACAAGUAAAAAGAGGAAGAAACACCAAUGUUUAGAUAGCAGUCUGAAAAAAUCAAAAAAUUCGAAAAAUAUCAGUGAAGAAAUAGUCAACAAUGGAACUGUCAAUGAUAACAUCAGUGAAGAAAUAGCUAGCAAUGGAACUGUAAAUGAUAAAAUUUAUCAUAAUAAUGGAACUGCCUUUAACAUGACUGUCAACGAUGGAAUUGUCAUUAAUGAUGGAGUUAUUACCAAUGGAACUGCCCAUAUAACUGUGGAUGAUAGAAUUAUUGAUGAGACUAUAGACAAUAAAAUUAUUGAUAUGACUGUGGACAAUGGAAUCGUCAGCAAUGGUGGAAUCAGUGAUGAAAUUGUCGACAAGACAAUCUAUUGUGAUAAUAACAUCAUCACUGAUGAAACUGUUCAUAUGGGAAUCCAUCGUGAUGAUGGAAUCAUUAUUGAUGAAACCGAGACACUAAAUUCUAAUACUUGCCUAACUGUGAAUCGUCCAUCUACAUCUCCAAACUCUGAAAGAAGUUAUUGUUUCCAAACACCUGUCAAAAAUUUACAUGACCCUCGUUUUGUUGGUGCCAUUAGAACGCCACAUCUUGCCACGCCAAGGAAAGCUCGAAGAGCUUUGGAAGUAGCGAAACGAACAAUCGAAAAACAGCGAAGAAAAAUCAAAACGUUGCAGCAAGCCAAAAUCAGAUUAGUUAGUCGCAUAACAAUAAUAAAAGGAUUAAUCCAACAUUUAAAGCAGAAAGAUUUAUUAUCCGAAACAACAGCUGAAAAUUUAAUGGUAACUCUUGGCUAUGAUAAUAAUUAAUAAUAAUUAACUUAACUUUAACUUAAUUUUAAUUAAUUGAAUUUGUUUAAAAUUAAUAAAUUGUAAAAAGUAUCGCUCUAUUGAUUAGCUUGUAGAAAAUUUGUAAUAAAUGUUUGAAUUGUACAAAAAUUAA